AUGGCGAGCACUGCGCAUAAACAUAUGACCGCAGCACCUGCGACACUUCAGGAAGCACAGACCACUGCUUUACUCACUCUAUUGAACUUGAACAAUCCAGUGGAGAGUUCCAGCGGUGGCAGCUCACAGACAGGAAAGAUUGCAGCCUCUCUCAAGAUUCCUAUAGCGACAGGGCCGCCGGUGUGGAAGGUCCUGGUGUUGGACCAACACACGAAGGAUGUCCUCGCGACCGUGCUCCGUGUACAGGACCUACGCGAUGUCGGAGUGACCCUUCAUGUACAGCUGCACUCGAACCGCCCCCCAUUACCAGAUGUUCCUGCAGUUUAUUUCGUGUCUCCUACUCUCAUAAAUAUUCGGCGAAUAGCGCAAGAUCUAGAGAAGGGCCUCUAUGAGUCUUUUCACUUAAACUUCGUCGAACCACUACCGAGAGCAUUGCUUGAAGAGCUAGCAGCAGCGGUUGCGCGGGACGGCACUGGCGACCUCGUCGAGCAAGUUCUGGACCAAUAUCUAUCGUUCAUCGCCCCGUCCCCUUCAUUAUUCUCCUUACUCCCUCCUGCAACGGCGGCAUCUGCAUCUGCACCAAAUGCAGUGGCAUCUUCGAGCACAUCGCGUCCGUAUUCAACGUACACUCUAUUGAACUCACCCUCCUCUACCGAGCAGCAGAUAGAGGAAGAGAUUGAGCGAAUUGCCAGCGGGCUCUUCAGCGUCGUAGCGACAAUGGGUCACGUCCCAGUGAUACGUUGUCCGAAGGGGAACGCCGCAGAGAUGAUCGCAAAAAAACUCGAUACCAAGAUUCGCGACGCUAUCCUCUCAGCCGCGCGGUCACAUGCCCCAUCGGUGUUUGCCCAAGACUCGACGGGGCUGUCGACUCUCCAGCGACCUCUUUUGCUCAUACUUGAUAGGAAUGUUGAUCUGGUGUCGAUGAUUUCUCACGGGUGGACGUACCAAGCUCUCGCGUCGGACUGCCUCGAAAUGAAGCUAAACCGCGUCAUGGUCUCGCAGCCGCAGAAACGCUCAUAUGACCUCGAUUCGAAGGACUUUUUCUGGGCGAAGAACGCGUCGCACCCGUUCCCUCAGGUGGCGGAGGAUAUCGACACGGAGCUCAACCGCUACAAGCUGGACGCGGCUGAGAUAACGCGCUCGACGGGAGUCAGCGACAUGAACGACAUCGCCCAAAUUGACUUGUCGGCGAACGCGGCGUACCUGAAGACUGCCAUCACGGCACUUCCAGAGUUGACAGCGCGCAAGGCGGUAUUGGAUACCCACAUGAACAUCGCUACUGCGCUGCUGGAGGAGAUCAAGAAGCGCGGGCUGGACGAGCUGUUCAGCACGGAAGAGGCGAUGAGCAAGCAGAAUAUCCACACGAUCCUGGAAACUCUACAACACCCGAAAGCGGAGACGGCCCCGACACCGGUCGACAAGCUCCGUCUCGUGAUCGCCUUCUACCUCUCCUCACCAGAUAAUUCACUUUCGAAAGAUGACAUCGCAGAGCUGGAGAAGGAGCUCAAGGGAGCGGGCGCCGACAUCGCCGCAUUUGAAUAUGUUCGGCGAACAAGGGAGAUAUCCAGGAUGACCGUGCCCAGCACGAUGGGCGGCAACUCGACACCCCUCGCGGUAGGCUCGACGCCUGGUGGGGAGCUCUUCAAGGGGUUCAGCGCGCUCGGCAACAGGCUCACUGACCGCCUGAAAGACGGCGGCCUCGAGAAUCUCAUCUCAGGCGUGAAGAACUUCCUGCCCGCGAACAAGCUCCUGCCUGUGACGCGCCUGACGGAGGCGCUCAUGGACUCGCCCUCGGCGUCCACACAGUCUCUACAGGAGACGGACGACUACCUUUUCUUGGACCCACGAGCGCCGCGGAACGUCAAUCUCGGACUGGGGAUCUCGGGCGUCGGCGCUCCCGGCGCAGCCGGGACCGGGCGGGCAAAACGGAUGACCUUCGCCGAGGGCAUCGUGUUCGUCGUCGGCGGUGCAGGGUACGUCGAGUACGGGAACCUGGAGGAGUGGGCGAAAAGGAUGGGGAAGCGGCUGACGUACGGCGGCACUGAGAUCGUGGAUCCGGGUGGGUUUGUGCAGGUUUUGGAGGGUCUUGGUAAGGAGGGUGCACAAGGAUGA